AUGGAUUCCCACGCUGCGUUGGAGCUACUGGAGUACUUGCGUACCGGUUAUCCUAUCCUCCUAUUAAUCCUCUUUGUCGUCGCCUUCAUCACCAACACCGUCGUUACUGCGCGGAAAUCCCGCAACAAUGACUCUCAGUGCUUCGGGCCCGGAGGCAGGCUAUUGCCCCAACGAUCACGAAGUGUCCCAUACAAACCCCGAGAAUUCUCGAAAAACGUCAAACGACUAUUCACCGUCCUCUCCGCACUCAUUCCCCUCACCUUCGUUGCCGAUGCAACUAUCUACAUCCUACACGUCAUGGCCGCCAGGUCGGAGAACUGGUGGCGAGGCCAACCGGCAGUGAUCUACAUCGUCGGUUCGUUCUUCGUCUAUGCUGUGCUGCUCAUGGCAUUGCUGGACACCUCUCCAUCUCCUACCAUCGCUCAGUUCGUGUGUUGGUCAGUUGCCAUCCCCAUCGAAUUGGUGAUUGUGAGCACCUCCCUCUCGCUAUACACCUCGGUUCACCAUGAGCCUAUUGUUGGGGACCCAGCCGGUGGCAAGCUUCGGAAAGGGAUCACCCUCUGGGAAAUCCUGGAAGUCGGAUCCAAUAGCCUGCGUGUUCUGAUUUUGUUCGUGUUGGUCGUGCUCUAUGCCUGCCAGACAAUGAGCCUGAAGAGCCAUGAGAAGGAGACACAGCGGGCCAAUGAAGCCACAGAAGCCACCGGGCUUCUGGAUGCGAGCAGGACCGAGAACGGAAACGGCAAUGCCCACGGUAAUGGCAAUGGAGCGAAUGGUCACACAUACGGCUCGACAAAUGGAACUGCUCCCCCCAAGGCCCCCAAGCCGGACCCGUGGGUGCGUCCCACUACAGUUCCUUCCACCAGCUGGUGGGAGUAUCUGGCCGGGUAUUCGCUCUUUUUCCCAUACCUGUGGCCGUCGAAGUCCCGCCGGCUGCAGAUAGUCGUGACCGCCUGUUUUGUGUUACUUGUCUGCCAGCGUGCUGUCAACGUCCUAGUGCCGCGCCAGGUGCAGGUUAUCACCGACUCCCUUACCAAAAAUGAAGGCAAGGACUUCCAAGUGCCAUGGACCCAAAUUUGUCUUUACGUGGUCUAUCGUUGGUUGCAAGGCAACCAGGGUUUGCUCAGCUCUCUGCGCUCCAGCCUCUGGAUUCCCGUGAGCCAAUAUUCCUACAUGGAGCUUUCAACUGCCGCGUUCGAGCAUGUGCACGGCCUGAGCUUGGACUUCCACCUCGGAAAAAAGACCGGCGAGGUCUUGUCCGCGCUCAGCAAGGGUAGCUCGAUCAACACUUUCCUAGAGCAAGUCACAUUCCAGGUUGUGCCUAUGCUCGUUGACCUUGUCAUUGCCUUUGUCUACUUCUUGAUUGAAUUCGAUGCUUAUUACGCUUUGGCUGUUGGUAUCUCUACAUUUGGCUACCUUUAUGUCACCAUUCGGAUGGCUCAAUGGAGAGCAGAAAUCCGCAGACAGAUGGUUAAUGCCUCACGACAAGAAGAUGCUGUCAAGAAUGACUCGAUGGUAUCCUAUGAAACUGUCAAGUAUUUCAACGCCGAACAAUAUGAAUUUAACAGGUAUCGUGGUGCCGUGGGUGACUUCCAGAAGGCUGAAUACCACGUCCUGUUCUCCUUGACCCUGCUCAAUACUUGCCAAAACACAGUGUUCAUGAUGGGUCUUCUGGUGAUGUGCUUCAUCUGCGCAUACCAGGUCUCCAUUGGCCAACGCCCCGUGGGCAAGUUUGUGGCUCUCUUGACUUAUAUGGUGCAGCUUCAAGGCCCGCUUAACUUCUUCGGUACAUUCUACCGAUCCAUUCAAUCGGCACUGAUUAAUGCCGAGCGUCUUUUGGAAUUGUUCCGCGAGCAGCCAACUGUGGUCGAUAACACUCGUGCCACCCCACUGGCGUUGUGCAAGGGCGAUAUCAAGUUUGAGAACGUUGAAUUUGCUUAUGAUGCGCGAAAGCCCGCCUUGAAUGGUCUUACAUUCCACUGCCAGCCCGGAACCACUACCGCAUUGGUUGGCGAGUCCGGCGGAGGCAAGUCCACAGUCUUCCGUCUCCUGUUUCGGUUCUACAACUCCGAGAAUGGCCGAAUCCGAAUUGAUGGGCAUGAUGUUCAAGACAUAACCAUUGAUUCACUUCGCAAGCAUAUUGGCGUUGUCCCCCAGGACACUGUACUGUUUAACGAGACUUUAAUGUACAACCUGAAGUACGCCAACCAGAACGCUUCUGAUGAAGAUGUUUAUGAAGCCUGCCGUGCCGCCAGCAUCCAUGACAAGAUCCUGGCAUUCCCUGACGGUUACAAUACCAAGGUUGGAGAGCGUGGCUUACGACUCAGUGGAGGUGAGAAACAGCGUGUGGCUAUUGCACGUACGAUCAUCAAGGAUCCUCGGGUCAUCCUUCUGGACGAGGCUACUGCCGCGCUGGAUACAGACACAGAAGAACACAUCCAGAGAGCUCUCUCCACCCUCUCGCGAGGUCGCACCAUGCUGGUAAUUGCUCACCGUCUCAGCACAAUCACGACUGCGGACCGCAUUCUGGUCCUCUCCGAAGGCCAAGUGGCGGAAAGUGGUACCCACGAAGAGCUGUUGGCCAUGAAGGGCCGAUACGCUAGUAUGUGGCGGAAGCAGAUCCGGGCCCAGAAGGCAGCGGCGGAAGCACAAUCUCUUGCCGAACGAAUUCGCACUGCAGCCACCAGUGACGAUAGCUCGAGCCAAUCCGAUGAAGACCGCAAGAUCGGUGCUCGUCGAACGAACUAA